AUGAGCGUCCAUGCGCCGUCGCAGGACGUGGGGUCAAGCAAGAAGCGCCUGGCGUCCUCCCCACCUCCAACGACCCACCCUAGAGAGCAUUCGAACGAUCAGAAGCGUCUCAAGACGGAAAUCUCCCCAUCCAAAGUCACCGAUGUCCUCGCAACUGACAAUGUCGUUCACGCCAGUCCCAGUAUAUUGGACCACUCCGCCUUCCCUCACAUCAUGGACCUCAUUAUCCAACAUCCUGCGACAUGGGUGCCAAUGCGCCUCACCUGCAAGACGUACUGUAGCAAGGUCGAAGCCUUGAUGUACCGCCACAUCGUAAUCCGAGGCUACCAGUGGGCGGACGGCUCAGAUUACUCCGAGUAUGAAUUCCAUCCUAUCUUCCCCUCCAAACCCACGACAACCAUCCGCGUUCUGUCGCCGCACCUACCCGACCUUCCGGGGUUCCAUGGUGAACUAGAGGAUACGCACAAAAGCCGCGGGCAGCGCCUAUACUUUGGCAGGCACCUCAAGCACACCAAGGUAGUCGACCUGCCCUUUGGGAUUUGCCAGGACCAAGUCCGCCGCAUCCUUACGCGUCGCCUGAGUGUACAGAUGGUUCGGCUCUAUUGGGAUGCACAGUUCGCGUAUCUAUCCAACCGCUUGCACAUCGUCCGCCCUUCGACGUUGGUUUUCAUGCACCCUGAAUACCUGGAUAUCGAGUACAGCAGGGGCUCGAAAGGCGUGGCAAUGGCCCUGCCUGGCGCUACCAAAAGGGUGAUCAUCAAUGGGUUGUACUCGCGCGACACUGGGCCGAGCAUCUACUGCAAGCCUCUUCCUGCCAAGGACAAUGACCAGUACACGCAGGACUUUGUCUUUAUUCUGCACCCCUGGCGAUCAUCUACCUUUUCCUUUGGGAACACCAAGGAGAAGCCAACCUGGAACCACGCGAAGUGGAAGGAGUUCGUUGUGGUCAUCCUGGAACUGCUCGUUCACAGCAAGAAUCGCGACAAGCCUCACAUCGCCUUCGUCGACGCUCCUUCCGCGCCUUGUGGUCCUCCUAAAAGUCCUCCCUUCCAGUCCUUCUCUCACCAACUCGUCCAUGUUCUCCGCUACGCACUUGCAAAAGCCGGCUAUCCGGCGCCUCAGAUCAAGGACCACUUGGCCAACAUCGAGUUUAUCACCAAGGAAGAGCACGCCGACCGUGUUCCGUAUGACCAGUUUCUCCUGGAGUACGCGCCGCCUCCCUACGUUUUACGCAGAUAG